GUUUACAGGAGAUGAUGAGAGGUUUCAGAAGGAAUUGAGACCUAUUAGCUGCUGCAUGCAAUGCGCCCAUUCAAUGACACUACGGAGUAUUCAACACAGCUUUUGGGAGGUUAAACUGGUUUGAGACUUUUUGGCGUCAUCAGCCGAUCAAAUCAAUCAAGCAAUGUAUUUUGAGAGGAAGCAUGAUGAAGAUAUUUCAGAAUUGCGUCCUGCUGAUAUACGGCAAUCUGGUAAACCGGGCAGUUUGCAAUUGGCGGGUAGGACUAAGAAACCAAAAUAUUUGCUGCCGUGGAUCGUGCCAGCAAACACUUCGUGUAUUUUGGAAACGAAGAAAUUAGCAGCGGUUGCGUCUUUGCUAUGGUAACCCACAGCACAGCAGCGCCACCAAACGAUCAAGAUUAACACUGCUGUGUGGCAGUAUAUAAAGCAUCAAUCAUUUGUGUGGCUUUUACGAUAGUCACUAUAGAACACUAAGUAAUGACUGACUGUGCAUUAGGAAUGUGGAUUUAGCAUUGAUUCACUCUACGGAUAUUUUGUAUCAAAUCUGAGAGACGGCGCUAUAGACACAGUAGAUAAGUGAGAGGCUUUUGACAUAAAGGGAGUCAUUUCACCGGAUCAGAGCAAAUGGAUUUUGAAGACGAGACCUAUAGAAAAAUGAAUUUGAAGCGCUGAACGCAAUUUUAAGGGAUCAGUUCAAUUUGUUUUUGAUUGUGCAAGAGAAAUGAUUUGAGGACCAGAGCGCAAUUUUAUUAAUAUCUCCACAGAUAAGUUAUGGUAAUGCUAAAACAGGGUUCCCUCCCCUCUCUUUUUGCGUUUAGUGAUCGGCAUUAUUCCCACCACUUAAACCGUUUCUGUCUUAUCUAUCGAACCCAGCCAAUUGGGUUUUUGCUCUGUUCAAUUGUCAAGAGCUACGUCUAACACAUAAUUCGGUUUGGAUACAGUGCCAUCUCACUGCUCGGAUCUAUUGGACGCGACAACUUGCUCCUCGUCGCUGGCGCGUGAUCAGGUAGACGUUACGAUUGGAUUCUGACGCGUUUAACUUCACUGACGUCAUUUCUGUUGCGGUGGUGCCGCAUCGCGCCUUCGGGAGCUGCCACGUGUCGGAGCAGUCUCUCUCCUGGUAAGUGUGAGUGGCAAGUAGCGGUUGAAUUUUGGCGCUGUUCCAACUGUCAGUAUCUAACUCUGCCUGCCAGGUUCUAUGGGUCGAGGACACAUGCUGCCCGUGACAUAAUUGGAUUGUGACGCUGUCUUCUUUUUCAAAUUCUCUUCAUUUUGGCUUAUAAGUUAGGUGAGAUACUGACACGGUUCCAGAUGGAUUGGAGCACCGCACAGUAGUGCUACUCUCGCGACAUAAGUUAAUUUCUUACUGUUUCAGCAGGUACGUUUCCAACCAAGGUGUAUCGAAUAUUCAGCGACGGUUCCGCUCGAUCAUUCUGCCAAAGACUCACAGUCAAUAACCAAAUCUGGACUGGGAUACUGUGUAUGUGUCACAGGGCAACGGAGGGCAGAUUUGCGGUAGAAUCUCGUCGAGUCAUAUGCUGAAGCUCAAAUUCAUCAGCGGGUUCGUACGCGGUGGUUAAAGUUCCAGUACUAAGAUAAAGAGAGAGAAGUGACAGCUGGCUUUAAGAAUAGCGCACUACGUCUGGGAGAUAUAUAUCUGACGCGUAAGUGGUUUCCCUAAGAUAAAGUGAAACAGGAAUUGAGUUCUGGUAUUUUUUGUACAGUGACGGUAGAUACACAUCUCACACUUAACGGCGUCUCAGUGGUAUUAGGCAAAAACGCAAGUGACAGUCAUAUCGGCUCUGUCGCUCGACGAAGGGACGAUGUAACACCUCGUCAGGAGUCAAACAAACAAACUAACUAACUGACUCGCGAGCACACGGAAAUAUCGGCACAACCUCUCUGCCAGAGAAUUCGGCAUACCACGGAGGUGUUUCUAGCGCAAUGAAUUCGUAGCGUGACGAAGCCAGUUGCCCGCGUGCAGUUGGUCGCAACGGACAUCUACGGUUUUGCCUACAUAAUUUUGGCGGCCUUGUCGUUAAAUCGACUGUUCUGGUCGUUUCUGCAUUCAAUAGUUGUACUGUGUGUUAUCACCGAUCAUCAGGAAAUGUGCCGUUACGUUUGUGAGGUGUCAAGGAAAGGACGUCUCAUGUAUUUUGCGUUAUCUUUGACGAUGGUGUUCGCUGUAUUACAGAGUGUGACGCUGAAUAUAGCGGAGGGGGCUCAAAACCAAACGGACAACUCGUCAGCAUUCUCUGACAUGAAUUAUACCCUAUAUGAUUAUUUAUGGCAAAACGAUUUGCCGGAUGGGCCAAAUGAAACACUGAGUUUUGCACCAAAAAGCACAGAACCUUACGACGCCAUGCCCCUCCCGACCUCUCCACCGCCGUCUUCACACAAUGCGUCAUAUAAAUCUCAGUUCAAUCACUCUGACGACGUUGUCGCCGAUUUUCUCGCCAAAGUGGAACAAUACGAACGCAACAAACAAGAUUGCGAUCCCGGCACCCAUUUUAACCUAGGCGACGGCGUCAUUCAGCAGUACGGCGUGCUGCGGUUUAAAAGACAAGCCCUGGAGGCGGUGACCAGAGCAAAUUUCCUGACGAGAAUCUGGAAACUGAAAGAUUUCUGCUUGAAAGACAAUGAAUAUUUCUUUUACGAUCAAGUACGGUCCAUGGUUGAAGGCGACCCGGAGAUUUUUGCAGCGGGGAAUUGUUAUGACAAAGACCGUUUUAAGGAUUAUUAUCUUUUCUGCCCGUACUCACACCGACUCCCCAAUGGUCAGAUUGUGGUGAAGGACCUUUCCGUAAGUUACAAGUAUCUUGGAAACACCUCAGAAUUCUUUUGGGAGGCCCGCCGGAAAGCCAACCUGUUGUUGGAACAUGCCAAUUUGACGCAAGGAUUACAGAUGAUGAGGCUCAACGACACGGCCCAUUACGACCCAGAAGUGGAUGAAAGUCUGCUGGUCAGUUACGAGGACGGCCAUUGGAGUCGCCCUUACUUUGACUGCAUGGGGGCGGACAUUUGGAUGAUCACGUACACCGUGCCCUUCUUUGGAUACGAAAAUGGCACGUUUUUCUUCAAGGGCACAAGUGGCAUUGACAUAGAUCUUCAGAAAGUGGACAUCAACCAGUGCCCUCUACCGGAAGGAAGUAAAGAGACGAACGUGUUUGCGGGGUCUGCAAGGUGUAAGCCCACUUCUGAGUGCGAGCCGAUGCCAGGUUUGGGCUUCCGGCGAGGAUCUUACCUGUGUAAAUGCCGGAAAGGCUUCUACUUCCCUGUCGAGAACGCAGAGUACAAGUAUUUCAACGGAACAGACGUUGAAGACGAGUAUGAAAAGAAAAGAAAUGGAGAUCCAAGCAGCGUCUACGACGAGUCGUUCGAGUGUUUGCCGUGUGCCGAUGGAUGUACCGAGUGUGACGACAGCAGCCCGUGUUACGUCACCACAGAUGCCGUACUGAGGACCAUUAUCCUGAUCCUGUCAUUACUGUUCAUGUGUAGCGUCCCGGUCUGGGCAGUAUUUACAAGACGAAACACUGACGUCAAGGUAUUGAAGGCCUCCAGCCCGGUAUUAUUAAACAUUAUGCUGUUAGGGGCUUUUUUCCUGUAUUGCCCGAUGAUCGUUAAUUAUUUCCCACCGAGUGAAAUAGCUUGUUCAGUGCGACUGUGGUGCAGAGGAAUAGGGUUCUCUAUUUUAUAUGGUGCCUUACUUUUAAAAACGUGGAGGAUCUCUGUUGUCUUCAGGGUUCGCUCAGCACAAAGAAUAAAGAUAUCCGAUGCAGAUUUAAUAAAAAGACUCAUAUUUAUAGUAUCAGUGUUCGCCACAUUUUUAAGCAUACGGAUGGGCGUUGGUCGACCCAAUGUCAUCACAGGCUACGACAUGCGAGGUCUUAAAGCCAAUCUCUGCAUAUUUGACGUGUGGGACUACUGCGGGUCUGCCGGGGAGACGCUCCUCCUGCUCUGGGGUAUAAGGCUCUGCAUCAGCGUGCGGAAAGCACCAUCCGAGUUUAACGAGAGCAGAUUUAUUAGCUGGGCUAUCUACAAUGAGACCUUGUUAUCAGUGUUUUUAACCGUAUCUAUGUAUUUUCUCCAAUCUAUCGCAAACCCGGACGUGAUGUACGUGGUAUUAUUUGUCCACACUCAGCUUACUGUAACAGUCACGCUUGCCUUUCUCUUUGGAUCAAAGGCGUAUUUAGUUUUCAAAUACAAAGGCAGAGAAUCCAUGGGGUCGAACUCCACCGCCAAAAAUAGUAAGAUGUUACUGGCGGGACGAACGAAGAGCUCGAUGCUUGAGACAUGCACCUACGUGGACUCAAAAGAAAGUGCCAUGAACGGGGAGAAAAUUAGGACGGAGGAACCGCAAGAGUUUACCCUGGAAAAGGAAGUUCAGGAAGAAUUCAUGAGACUCUACACCCAGUUGGAACUUCUCAGACAGAAAAACAUGAAACUCGGCAAUCCACAUCUGUCGUACAAACUGAACGCCAUGACGUCACUGGCCAAGACGGAGAACGCCGAGUCCAUGCCUUCAUCACCAAAUAUACUCACUAAAAAAUCACACGUUGUUAUUAAUUUGGACGAUUUUAAAGACGCUACCGCCGUAUAAUGAUUGUAAUAAACGUUUUCCCUCUAUUUUUUUCUUUUUGCAGUUGCAAGUUUUCAGUGACUACCGCUUUAAAAUAGGUAGCGGAAGUUGGUUUAACUUAAAAUGUUGAAGGGCCACAAAUGUUCAACUUUUAAACUCUCAUAAGUAUAUUAAUUGAAAAUCACGAACUUUGACACAUGUACAUAUAAAUAUACAUUAAAAAAGGUUUUCUUAAAAUACUGGGUUUACGAUCGAGCUUGCAACUGUAACAAUACCGAAACCAAGCUCUUACAUGUACUGUACACGUACAAAUGCGUUUUAAUCUUACGAAACGAAAUUCAGUUAUGUUUUAAAGUACGAUCAACUAGACAGUUUCCAACGUCACACAUGUACACGCUCGCUUUUGUUGACUUCACCCAGUUCCCAGUAAUGGAGCUAAUGGAAAAGACUCCUUAGAAGUCACAUGGUUGAAUAUUUUGAUAUUGCUGUGUUCUAGGGAAUUAUGGCAUCAGAAACCGUAUUUUACUGGUAAUUGAAAUGAAACAAAAUACACAGUC